GUGUACGCUUUUACUUUGAAGAAUAGCGUGUGGGUCAGGAGAGCUUGCAUGACUGUGGCGUGUGCACUUGUAUAAAGGAAUGGAGAGUAAGCCCGUCAGGACGGUGGACUAAGAACACAGGACUAUGAGUCCGCACUGAAGCAUUACAGACUGGAGUUGCAGCAUUGUGUGUAUGUAUGUAUAGAAUCUACAUCAGACAUACACACAUAGGGCUGUAUAUGUAACAAGUGGCUCGUAUGAGACAGCAGGAGGCGCUGCAAGGGAUGGACCCAGACCUACCGUUAUCACUGGAUGACUUCAUCCCCCCUCAUUUGCAGAAGAAACAGAAUCGGGGGGCUUCACAGACCUACAAUGCAUACACGGACAGCUUUGAUGAGGGCGAUCUCUACUACAGGGCCACAUUGGUAUUGACUGAUGAUAGCCUGGACACCCCAAGCCCACAGACACAAAAGCGGUAUAUUCGCUAUGAGGGCAUCGGACCAACAGAUCAUGAUGGGAUGCCCUUUGCCUCCAGAUCAAGUGUCGACAGGCCCCGUGAAUGGUACAAAAACAUGUACAGGGUUCUGCACCAGAUGUCAGAUUCUGAAGACAGUGAUAGUGAAAGUAAUCGGUCAAAACCAGAAGAUAACCAUAAAGAAGCUUUCACUGUGUCUUAUAAAUCAAAGUUUAUAACAGAUGAGAAAAAUAGUCAGUCUGGGCUGAAGGAUAAAGAAACGUCCCAUUUGCAUGUAACAGUAAAGUCCAACAUGAGGGAAUCACCAAGAAAGUCCAGCGACACCCUGAAAGCAGAAACAAUUCCAGGUUCCUCUAAACCACAUGCCACUACACUGCCACGUUCUUCAUCUCGGCAUCCACCACAGACAUCUCCAAACUACUCCUCUAAAGUGUCAUCUUUUAUUAAUAACUACAAUACUGUACAAUCUUCACCAAACUACAGCAGCCAACAAUCUCAUAAUGCGCUGUCCAGUACCAGAAGCGGGAAACAGACAUCAGAACCCGGCCCGCGCCAUUUUUUCCCUGACCAAUCGUUCCAGGGCUCACAAGCUAAUAAGGAAACAAGCUCCCUGCAAAGACUCCAGCAAAAGUCUAACUAUUCUUCAUCAGGAAGUACCGCCUCCAGCUCCCACAUCCUAAGCCCCACCCGCAGGGAGCCACGGAAAUCCACUACUAAGGUCUUAGAGCAGCUGGAGACCGAUUUACGGAACUUCACAGAGGAACUCGACAAAGACCUGGAGGCCCGUCCUGAAACAACACUACAACAGUGCGAGCAAGUUAUAUAUCGGAGAUAUUCACACCGAGCAGGUGGCAGCCCUGAGCCGAAAGUGAACAGAUCCAGAAGGCACAAUCCAGAGGAGCAGAAUCUCUCACCGAUUUCAAAAGCUGUGGUAAAGUUUGACUUUGUGGCAGAGUCAGAAAAAGAGAUUUCCUUGCAGCGAGGGACCACGGUCAACAUCCUAAAGGAAGUAGAUGAACACUGGCUGCUGGGAGAACAAGAUGGAAGGAAAGGCCUUUUCCCGGAGAGCUAUGUCAGGGUGCUAUCCCCCGGUCAGCAAGAACCAUUGGACGCACCCCAACUCUCAGGAAUUGCCCUUUAUGACUUUAAGGCGGAUUCUGCUGCUGAGCUGCCUCUAUGUAAAGGCCAGCGUGUUCUUAUUAUUCGAAGGGUUGGUGGCAAUUGGUUUGAAGGGCGAGUUGAAGGCACCAGACGACUUGGCCUGUUUCCUGCAAGUUAUGUGCAGGUCACAGACGGUGUUGUACAGGCCAGGAAGGUGGACACCAUAACAAAGCAAGCACCAAAUACUAACUCUGUAGAGCAGGUCUCUAGCACUCUAACGCUUAAAGAAAGACCAUGUACUGUAAAGGCCCCUGCAUUCAACCGGCUUCAGGACCUGCAAGGGACCAUGUACCGAGUGUUAUUCAAUUACUCCCCGAAAGACACAGAUGAGCUGCAGCUGAACGCUGGGGACAUAGUGACGGUGACACAGCGAUGUGACGAUGGAUGGUAUGUCGGUGUCUGCUGGAGAACACAAAAGUUUGGAACCUUCCCUGGAAAUUUUGUCACCCCAUAUGAAACCUCAUAGACUGCACCCAUAAACAUGGCAGCGCCAAACACUCAGCUCGACUACAGAGACCAUUAUUAUUUGUAUGGGAUUAAUGAACAGAUCAAGUGAUCAUCACCAGAUGACUGACGUCUCCACAUGCCAUUCUUCUAUAUCCGAGCCAAGAUUUAUCUAUCAAUAAACCUGAUUCAUGUCUU